ACGGCUCCAUCCGCGUCCAUAGAUCGGUUUCGCGUACGGAUCCCGAAGGGACGUCUCGUGAAUCGAGCCUCAAAAAUUGAUUCCACGGCGUCGUCCCCCGUGGUCUCGAGAGGCGCGACGCGAGAAAAAGAGCGCCGACGGGGCCGCGGCGCGUGUGCGCAGUCCCGCCGUCCAAGAUGUCCGCCUGGGCGCCCUCCAGGUAGUCGUGGUUAUGCGGCGCGGUGCGUUGCACACCGUGGUCAGGCCAAUCCUCGGUUUCCGUGGUGCGUUGGUUCGCGCGACGCGAGACUGGCAUCGGUCGCGAGCUGAGGUCGACCGCCGCGGGAAAAUCGCUCGGGUUCUCGCGUUCGACCGUGUUCCCGAGGUACGGUCCGUGUUCGUCCAGCUCCGGAGAGAGCGGAGAGUGCUCGCGCGAGUGCUGAAUCUCGGGGAGAGCCGGGGAGAAACAGGGGAGAGCCAGGUGGAGCCAGGGAGAGCCAGGGAGAGACGGGCCCGGGUUUAGCGAUUCCAGGAGGCUGUAGACAAGUUGGUGGCGCGAGGAAAGGACACGAGGGACAGGGAAAGUGGUUGUUGGUGUCCGAAACGACCACAGGAACGGUGUUCUGGAUAGGGUCAAAGGACAGUCUGUGGAACGGGCGAGUACAGGGACCGAGGAAAGUGGUUGUUGGAGUGGAACCGAGCAUUGCACAGGCCUUUGGAUAGACUUCUCGUGUGACGGGGACAAAGAGGGACGUGGAGAGUGCGAGAACGAGUGCGGAAUCUCGGGGAGAGCCAGGUGGAGCCGGGGAGAGCCAGGUGGAGCCAGGGAGAGCUAGGGAGAGACGGGUCCGUGUUUAAUCGUUCCACGAGCCUGUUGACGCACCGGUAGAGUGACGGACGAGCACGGAGACGGAGUACUCGUUGGAAUAUUAAGUAUUGGGGAGGUUUCGGUUCGAUUCAUCGUGUUCGAAGGUUCCACGAGGUUGUGGACGGACCGGCGGCACGGACGGACACAGGGACAGGGACAGUGCUCGCGCGAGUGCACCCUCACAGGGAGAGACCGGUGGAACGGAGUAAGGGCGGAGAAGAAGCGCGAUAGAGAGUGGGAGGGGAAGGAGAGAGAAAAGCUUGAGGCAAGCGCGCGUAUUGAUUCCCGCGUGGCGUUAUACGGUGAGGUGAGAAAGCUGCAACCGGAAGAUUCGCGGCUGCCUCCAACGGGUCGCCGUUGAAAAAUCCAAGGAAGGCCCUCAGACCGGCGAGCUGCUCGUCCCCGGAGCCGCAAGAAGAGCGGGCAAGGGUGAUCCGUGAACCAGAAUGAGGGAAAUCACCCGAGUCUGCUCGAGCAGGGUCCCGUCGGCCCUUCGUACGAGAAAUGAUUUUUAGAAGGAAGAGGGUAUGACUCACCGAACUCAUGCAGUGGCGAAAACACGUGCGCAUCAAGUACGGUGGUCGAGUCGGUGUCGGUCAAGGGCAGCGGGAGCGGGAGCAGGUGCAGCUGCAGGUGCGUGUGUUGCAGCUGCAGUGGGAAGGGGGCGCACGGCUCAGCUACGUCUGUCAUCAGCCUCAACUCUCGUCGACGGCUCGCCGCAGCUGCAGCACAGCGGCCAUGCUCUGCUGCGGCCGCAGAAAAGAGGGCCGGGGGGAAGUGACAGACAUAAGCGCAAGUCCUGGGAGGCAAGCUCCUGCCAACCAGUUGCGCCCCAAGGAACCACCCCCCAUGGUCAUUCAAGGAGACUUCAGAAAGGUGAGCGGGAUCAGCACCGAGAUCUUCAAGCAGAUCGAGACGGUCGAAAACGAUCAUGACGCCUCAACGGCAGCAGCCCUCGAAGCUGUCGAACGGAGGGGUGAGAUGGUCGUGCGAGUCAUCGAGCCACGGCAAAUGGGCAGGCAGGCGUCGGAAGCCGCGAAGAAAUUCACCGCGAUGCAGGAUCCGAAGCACCCCAUCCACUUUGUGGAAAUAAUCAAGAGGCCAGGGCAGACGCUAGGGCUCUACAUACGCGAGGGUAACGGCGUCGACAGGAACGACGGCGUCUUUAUCUCGAGGAUAGCCCUGGAGACCGCUGUCUACAACAGCGGCUGCUUGAAGGUGGGUGACGAGAUCCUAGCGGUGAACCUGGUCGACGUAACACACAUGAGCCUAGAUGAUGUGGUAAUCAUCAUGUCGAUACCCAGGAGGCUUGUCUUGGCAACGAGACACGGUCAGCACCAGCCCAUCUCCCACAGUCGUCAAACUGAGCACAAGGCACCACCAGUUGUCGUGAUCAAGAGGGAGUUGAACGAAGACGAGAGUGAUCAUGCAACGAGCAAUCAUGUCAGAGAUGGUAAUCGUAGACGUGGCGAUGGUCGCGAAAUGCUGCCAUCCAGGUCGAGACUGGGUCUGACAGGUCUAGGAUCCAGCCAGGAUCUAGGAUCAAGCAACGGUGAUUUGUACUACAAUUCCAGACCGGAGGGACACUGGUCCUACCAACCACCGCCACCACCAGUCAUCACACACCAACCAAAACCGUCAGCUACGCAACAUUUCCAGCCGUACGAGCGUGGAUAUCCCAAAACGUUGGAGAGUUUGGCUGAAAAAGUACACUCUUUCUACACGGGGCCUGUAAUGCCCUCUAAUGGUGGUCGACGAAUGUCCACGGGCGCAGGAAUGCAGUCAAUUGGUGGCAGAUUGUCUGGUCAGACCCAGUCUUCGCACUAUGGAUAUGGUCAGCACUCAAGCAGUGGAAGAAUCAUGCCUAGAAGUGGCUCUGAUCAGCAUCUACCCCGUGUGGAUUACACCAGCAUCACCACACCUGCUCGACACACUCUUCUUAGAUCUAGCUUGAAGUCAGGUACGUCAGCAUUGAGAUACAACACAAGGUAUGCUACCCAAGCCGAUACAACGUCGUCCACCCAGAGGCAAGGUCAGUUUGGCACCCUGACGAGGAGGCAUCGACCAUCGUUAGAUUAUGCGUCAGACACAGAGGCAACGUGUUCCAGUUCGCCUAAGUCAGCGUAUUAUUACUACAGGCACAACAUGAAUAAUCCACCGCAAAGCAGCGCUGUCUCACACCUGGCGACCCUCUCGAGGUCGCAAAUUGGUCAGAGUUCCUCUGGUUUGAGGUCGAAUUCGUUACCUCGAAGUGGCAGAACAUUGCCUCAGCAACCUGGUCUUCGAUCAGGACUUAGCACAGUAGCAUCAGGGCUGAUCGAUCAAGAAGACAGCGAUGGAGCGCUAUCAGCACCUGAGUUGCCUUCUAUCAGGCGUGACAGAGGGAGAAUACCAUCAUCACCAAGUGUGUUCACAUCGGAUGAGUAUCGAGCAUGGCUGAGUCGAACACCAAGCACCAGUGCAUUGUACGAGCAAAUCAGGGCGACCACGAGUAGGCCACCUCGUUAUACCUACAGUGCUGAGAACAUUCACGCAGCUGUCAAUCAAGGUGAUUACGGCAACUACGGGGCGUACAGGCCACUGUCAAGCACUCUGGACCGUCUGUCGACAAGAUCAGCCUCGGCACAACAAGUGAACCUGGCCAAUCUGAGAGCAUCGACGGCGAUCAGCUCAACCUGUCACCGUGGAACGACGAAUCCAAGACCGGCCUCGGUUGCGUCGAGCGCGCGCGCGUCCCUGACGAGUCAGAAACCGUCUCUCAGCAACUCGACCGCACAGAGAGCGACCUCAGUAAGGAGAAUCAGGAAUCUACUGGACCUGGAGUCAACGAGAAGCAUACCCACCCCCACGCCUACCAGAACUCAGGAUCAAAGACUGCUAGACAUUAAUCCUGCAGAGUUCCUCAAGUAUAAGAUAGAGAAGCCACCGACUGUAGGGACUCCGAACUCGACUAGUUCUCUCUUGAGCUCGCUCGGGGAAACCAACAGUGGCGAUCUGGCAGGUGGGGUCAGCGGAUUGCUCUACGUCCAUCUGUUGGCAGGACGCGGCCUCCGUUCGACGACGUCCUCGUCAGCGGCUACCACACCCUCCACGCCAUCAGGUCAGCCUAAUUUAGCUAGUUGUGGCUUGAGAGACCUGUACUGCGUACUGGAGUGCGACAGGGUGCACAAAGCGAGGACAGUGGUCCGGACCGGUGACCUGAUGUUCGACUGGGACGAGACCUUCGAGCUGGACCUCGUUGGCAACCGGCAGUUAGACCUCCUCGUCUAUUCCUGGGAUCCGCAGUACAGGCACAAGCUCUGUUACAAGGGAUCCGUGCACCUGGCCACCCUCCUCAAGGAAUCGCCUGUUCACCAGUUGGCCGUCAAGGUCGAGCCACGUGGCACGAUUUAUUUGAAACUGCGUUACACCGAUGCUCAGCAAACCUUCCGACGGAGGGGACUGCCAGUGAUAUCCUUGGCCACCAGGGCUGCUCCUCUCUUCGGUGUUGAUCUGGACACCGUGGUAAGCAGAGAGAGCAAAACUGGAGGAGUCACUGGAGGAGUUUCCACUGCCUUAGCAAUGGGGGUACCAAACGUUCCCAUAAUCGUCUGGCGCUGUGUCGAGGAGGUUGAAAGAAGGGGUCUUGACAUCAUCGGCUUGUACAGACUUUGUGGGUCAGCGUCGAAGAAGAGGAUACUCAGGGAGGCUUUCGAGAGGAACGCUCGUUCCGUGAACCUGUCACCUGACAAUGUACCAGAUAUCAACGUUAUCACUGGUGUACUGAAAGACUACCUACGAGAACUUCCAGAACCACUCUUCACGAAGUGCCUCUACCAAAUGAUGGUCGAUGCACUGACUGUUUGCAUACCGGAUGAUCCUCAGGGCAACGCCAAACUAAUGUUCAGUAUACUCAACUGUCUACCAAAAGUGAACAGGUGCACGUUAAUUUACUUGCUGGACCACUUGGCAAUGGUGGUGUCGCAGUGCAACAAAAUGUCUCCUGCUAGUCUGGCAGUCUGCUUCGGACCUGUCUUGAUGCUAUACUCCGAGGAGAACGGACCACCCCUGGACUUCCAACAGCCAAUCGCUGUUCUCAAGUAUCUCCUUGAAAUAUGGCCAGUUAAGUCAGUUCGGAAGAUUUCUUCAGUCGCUUCAGCACUUCCUCGAGUUACGCCACCAGUCGAGCACAACAACAGUCAGCAGCUUCUGCAGCAGCAGCCGCAGCAACAGGUGCAGCAACAAAUCCAGGGAACAUUGGGACGCACAGGGCUGCCCUGGCAGCAGCAACACUCACUUCAUCAACAGUCUCCAACUACGGUACCCGCAGCCCUCGCUCCCUCCACUCGUCCACCACCCCCGGUCAAGCCUCGACAGGUGAUAGUCUCGUCUCCCGGUUCACCUAGCAGUGAGGAGUCAGAAGCAUCACCAGAGCCAAUUAACAAGAGCCUCCUGGGUGGCUUGGGACUCGAGAAGGGCAACGAAGGGGCUACAGCUGACUCGACUGGCCCUGGAACAGAACAAAUCACCCCAACCAGCAGCGUAGACACAGAGGAAGGAAACACACCACAUCCAGAAGAAGGCGAACGAGGAGUCGAGGGUGACGCUGAGGCCAGUGACUGUUGAUUUCAGUACAUUCUUGUCGAACCUCACUCGACUUGGGACUGUGAAGGGUUGAAGUCUCAUUGAAUGCAUUUUCGGGAUGUGUCUUUACUAGCUUGAGGAAGAAUCUCUUAUUUGAAGUCAAUCUGAUUCGCAGAUUGUUGAUGGAAAUUAUAGAGUCAGCGUUGGGCAUUAGACAAAUUUUAUGUGUUAAUGGCUAGUUGUCGGUUGUUGGUUGUCGAGUUGAACUGUGAGUAAACUUAUAGUGGACCCUUUAUUGUUAGUUUCUUUAAAAAUUAUUUGAAGACUAGUACGAUGAAGAACUACCAUCAUGAAUUUUUCUUCUCAAUGAUGAUGAAGAAGUAAUUGGAAAGUUCAAUUGCUCUCGAUGAUUAGAUAAUAUUAAUAUUAAUAUUGAGUAAAAAUAAUAUUGAGUUAUCGGUUCGAGGAAGUUUUGCCCAACUCUGGUGAUAUUUAUUCGCAAACAUUGUAAAAGAGGAUUCUUAGAGAUUUUUGUUGUUUGUAAGCGAAACGAGAGCGAAAGGAAGUUCUUGGAACAUUGCUUGUCAAUCAGUAUUUCAUGUAUCGUAAUACUUCUUCAACAUGUUCACAGUCAUCAGUUUGUCAGUGACUGUGGACUUGUUAAAAAAUCAACUAAUAAUGAAUUCAUUUCUCUUUUUAAAUAUAGUCAGCUUUUAUAUGCGUAUCAAAAGUAUACAAACACUUGUAUUUCAGAGAUUUCGAUACAUAAUUUAUCUUAAGGUAGUUGUUUCAUGGAUUUAUUUAAUGUAUGAUGUUAACAAAACCUCACUCGAUUGUUAUUUGAUUAAAUAUGAAUUAUAUUUGAACAUACAGAUGCGAGCUAAGGCUUGAUCUCUUUAAAUUUAAAUCAAGUUGCAAUUUAUGAAGUUGCUGAAAGUUUGAUGUGUUAUAAUAACCGAAAUUACAAACCAUUUAAGAAAAAUAAUAAUUAUUGGCCACAUUGUUAAUGAUAUAUAAUUCAUUAAAAUUUGAAACCGAAUGUAGAAAAUAACCUAAGCUUGUUAUUUUAAUAAGUGUUCGUAUAAUUUUGAUACGCGAUUUUGAAAAACCUUGGAAGGGCUGGACCAAGGAUCGAUCGAAAUUUUAAAUAAAAUGUCAACAAGCAAGCGAGCUAAGAGUUCCCUUCCUCUCAGUCUGCAACUUUUGUGGUGCGUCGAUGAAAACUAAAAGAAAAAGAUGCGAUAUUUUGUUCUUUCAAGUUUAAAGAAGAUAACUCUUCGAAGAUUAAACGCGUUGACUGCUUCGAUUUAGAAGUCUGAUUAUGGUGCAAUACUUGUAUCGUUGAACAAUUUUUCAUUCGAUGAGCAAAUGGUGAGAAUUGGGUUUGCAGCGUAAGCUGUGCAAGACACGAAUCUAGUCUAUACUGUGUUUAACGUUUUCUAGUCGAUGAUUUCUUCUUUGGAAGCAUUUAUUAUAUUGUUACUACGUUAGUUGAAAACGUUUUCCUCGCGUGAUGUUGUGUUUUUAGAUGUUUAUACGUGUUCCUGUGGCAGUCAGCGCGUCGAGUUCCACGCAUGCUCUUAUAAAACGACACCGUGGCCGUGCAAUUGUACGAUACAAGGCUGAUUCUUGUCGCCAGACGCACAAUACGAGCGAUCAUUGUUUCCCAGACGAAACGACGCGCAUAAUGGGACCACCGCGAUUAUCCGUUAAAAAACUAAUCACUGAAAUUGACGAUCUGACGACCGACUGGAAGCCUUUCGCGAGAUUUUUUCAUACGAAUUCUUUCUAUAUUGUACAACACACGUGAAAUCUAAGAAAUAAGAAGAAGAAGAAAAAAAAAACGAAUAUCGAGGUUUACAGUUUAAAAAGAGAGUUUCCCACUCUUCGGCUGCGAUAAUUUUAGAAUCACAAAAGACUGUGUUGGUGUACGUCACAAACAGGUUCCUAGUUUGCACAAAAUUCGACUAUUAGACUUAACUCGAGCAGCUGAAGAGUAAUUGGCGAGAGAUUUGAAUUUUUCCUCACGCACAAAAAACAAAAGAAAAAGCCCAAUACAAUUUCGAGGACCCUGGACUUCUUUUCUGUUCCGUGCUGAGAUCCACCAGACCUCUUUCAGUCCAAUGUCGACCAACCGAAGGGUGGAGCCGUCAAACGAAGGCCUGAAACCGAUGGAAUAAGAUUAAGGGACGGACGAUACUUUCAAAACGUGUCUACCGUGUCUCGAACUGCACAAAUCUACCAAACGACUGAUAGCAAACGAGUCUGAACUGCCCCAAAGCGAGGAGGACCCCAGGGGAAUCCCUGAAUCGCGCGCAGCCUUAGGCGGUGAUUCCCAGCUGCAGAAGACAAAAAACGACUGAUCAGACUGGAAUGACGACGAGUAUAGAGGGGAGGAGAGACACACGAGAAACGAAGAAUAUUACCCGUACACAACGUUCGGUUUAUAUACAAUAUACUAUAUAUAAAUAUAUAUAUAUAUACAUAUUAUAUAUACAUAUUAUAUAUACACACAUAGGCUAGUCACGAUAUACAUGUGCUUUUGAUAAAAAACUAUUACUUGUAGCAGUUAGCUAGCCAUCGUAUACAGAACACGAAGGAACUGCUGAUGUACACGAACCUGCGUACACGUAUACGUGCACUGACGAAAAUUUGGUGGAGGAAAAA